UUCUUCCCCAACUCAUUUCUUCUCUCUAGAAUAGCUUGCAAGACUCCAUUAAUGGGAGCUCAAAAUGUACUAUGUAAUGGUGAGGAGAGUUCUAAUGAGAAAGAGAGGGCUUGGACAUUAGCCUAAAAAGUCUCGUGGUUUUCUCCCUUUCGGGUUUCCACGUAAAAAAACUGAGUGUUCAUACAUAUAUUUACUAUAUCGUGUUGGAUUAAACUCAACACUGGCGCCGUCUGUGGGAAUCAGUUCAAAAAGAUUAACGUGUUUUUCUACAAAAAAUGAUAGGCAAAGAACUGGUUUUCAACAACAACAAAAAAUGAUACCAGACAAACUGGUUUCAACAAAAACGAAGAAAAACGAUUCUGGGGAGUUGACUUUCAGCAAGAACAAGGGGAAAGAAUAGGAGCUCCAUGGCAAAGGCAGUUUUCUCUUCCCACGUGGGUUGGUGAAGUGACAAGAUUGGUGAAAUGAUUUGAGGGGCCACAUUCGAUACAGUUGCCGCACGGGAAUAGAAACCGCCGGCAUUUCGGUACAGCCGCCCGUCAGUGUGGGAGGAAAUAUAAUCACGCACGGCCUAAAUUGUGAGACGUUCGGCUGGCUUGGAGUUGCCACUCGGCUUGGUGUUGUUGCUUUGGUUUCUCAUUGAGAAAUGAGACGCUCGGACUGAAGUUGGGGCCCGGCUUGAUGUUCGGGUGGAAAUCACGCAUCACACAAAUUGUUUUCACAUUUUCAUCAUGAAGAACUAAGGGAGGCAUUGAUAUUAAGGUGGGUUGAGCCGAGGCAGAAUGUUGGGCAGAUCAAGUUAAAUAGGCCCAAUAACCUCAACUCACCUUUUUGAAUCAAAGUCACCUCAAGCUAAGUAUACAAAGCCUACUUCUAAAUGCAUACGCCAAUUUUCUAUCGUAUUAAAUUAUAGUACGCAUCAGAUUAUUGCUAUUAUUUAUCAUCACCAUUAUUUAAUAGGGAUUAAAAUGUCCCGAAAUAAAUAAUGCCGAGCGAAGCUCGGGGAUGAGCUUCCAUCAGGUUUUUAAUUUAAUAAUUAGGAGAUGAGCCGGGUCGAGGGUCAUCGUACCCCAAUGUGGACGCUCAUAUCCGGAAGAACUAGGUGAUGGGCCGGGCCGAAGGUCAUCGCACUCCGAGGCCGACCGUCAUGCCCAGAAGAGCCCCAAGCCGACCUAAAAAAAAGUGUGCACAUAUACAUAUUGUCUGGCCAUUUGGCCGCUUUACUAUGUUCAUUGUGCAGAUUAAGAUCAUAGUCAGAUAAGAGAUGAUGCUCAAAAUGAACCUUGGUGCCAAGGUCUUGGGGACGAGCAUCCUCCACCCGGAGGCCGAGGGUCUAAAGAGAACCAUCAAGAGCCAAGGGCCGUGGACGAGCAUCUUUCACCCCGAAUGCCGAGGGCCCGAAGACGAUCAUCUAUCGUCCAGUGGCCUAGGCCAGGGGACGAGCAUCUUCCACCCGGAGGCCGAGGAUCUAAAGAAGACCAUCAAGAGCCAAGGGCCGUGGACGAGCAUCUUUCACCCCGGAUGCCGAGGGCCCGAAGACGAUCAUCUAUCGUUCAGUGGCCUAGGCCCGGGGACGAGCAUCUUCCACCCGGAGGCCGAGGAUCUAAAGAAGACCAUCAAGAGCCAAGGGCCGUGGACGAGCAUCUUUCACCCCGGAUGCCGAGGGCUCGAAGACGAUCAUCUAUCGUCCAGUGGCCUAGGCCCGGGGACGAGCAUCUUCCACCCGGAGGCCGAGGAUCUAAAGAAGACCAUCGAGAGCCAAGGGCCGUGGACGAGCAUCUUUCACCCCGGAUGCCGAGGGCCCGAAGACGAUCAUCUAUCGUCCAGUGGCCUAGGCCCGGGGACGAGCAUCCAUCACCCGGAGGCCAAAGCCUGGGGACGAACAUCCAUCACCCGGAGGCCAAAGCCCGGGGACGAACAUCCAUCACUCGGAGGCCAACGCCCGGGGACGAACAUCCAUCACCCGGAGGCCAAAGCCCGGGGACGAACAUCCAUCAUCCAGAGGCCAAAGACUGGGGACGAGCAUCCCCACCCCGGAGGCCAAGGGCAUUGAGGCGCGCAACACAUCCUGAGACCGAGCAUGCCCAGGCUGAGCAUGUUGAGGUAGAAAUGUCCCAAGGAGACCCAACCUAGCAACUGGAGGUCGAAUGUCUCUAGGAAUAGGCAGAGGAUUGUCGCUGUAUAACGACUCUGAGGUCUGCUACCGGGUCGUGCAUCAAAAGCAAAGACACAUCUUGGUCGAGUUUCUAGGGAUGAACGUCCAAAGGAAGUUGGGUCGGGUUUCUAGGGACUAAUCAUCCUAAGCAUGUCGGGCCGAGCAUCCUGAAGGAAAAUUCCAGAGCCCCAACAACGAGAGAUCGAGCGGGCUGACCGUCAAGGGGGCCGAACGUCCAAGGAAGCCCAACCUAGCAUCUAGAGGUCGAACGUCUCUAGGAAUAGGCCGAGGAUUGUCGCUGUAUGACGACUCCGAGGUCUGUUACCGGUUCGUGCAUCAAAAGCAAGGACACAUCUAGGCCGAGUUCCUAAGGGUCGAACGUCCAAAGGAAGUCGGGUCGGGCAUCCGUGAGCCGAAUGCCCCAAUCCCUCGCACCUAAGCGAAUGCAUUGAAUUAAGCCUUUGCUCCGAAAGCCGAGGCCAUGUGCAAAGAAGGCAGAGGAAGAGCGUAGGCAAGAGUAUACUUUCUCGAGCAGAUUCGCACGCUCACUACUCAAGAAACUGGGGGACUUGUGUUGAGGUAUAUUAUCCCGGUCCGUUACUGUUCAGGAGACCAAGGCAUCGCCCCAGCUUGGAGCCCGAAUGACAAGGUCCAUUUCAGCCUAUUAGGCAUGUUUCGGCCCUUUGGGCCCAUUUUGGGCUUACUUGGCCCAUUAGGUUAGGUUUCCCCCUUUCCCUUACCCCUAUAAAUAUGGGGCUUUCCCACAUGUUUAGGGAUCCCCUUUUCUCUUCUUCCCCAACUCAUUUCUUCUCUCUAGAAUAGCUUGAAGACUCCAUUAAUGGGAGCUCAAAAUGUACUAUGUAAUGGUGAGGAGAGUUCUAAUGAGAAAGAGAGGGCUUGGACAUUAGCCUAAAAAGUCUCGUGGUU